UAAAUGAUCAAUAUCCUGGUCCUAUUCUUCAAGCUUAUAAAGGUGAUACUUUCUCUAUAACCGUGGAAAAUGACCUUUCUGUUGAGACAUCAAUGCAUUGGCAUGGAAUGUUUCAAAAAGGAACUCCGUGGUAUGAUGGUGUACCCGGCAUGACUCAAUGCGUAAUUCCUCCAAAGUCCUCUUUCACCUAUGAAUUCUCCGUUGAAAGUCAAAGCCCCUUGGUCAUUCAUGAUAAAGAUGAUCCAUACGUGAAAGAAUACGACUACGAAUAUGUGGUUACCUUAACUGAUUG